AUGAACGAUAACGACUACGACAAGCAUUUCCGAUUGCUCAUCUGCGGCGGAAGUGGGACGGGGAAAGCCACCUUGCUCAACUGCUUUUUAUUUGAAGGACAUGGCUCCGAGGGAACGACUGUUUUAAAGCUAUAUGGAGAAAAUAUACGAAUUGAUGUACGGAUAAAGGAUAAGUGGCAACCAGAGUACGUUUCUGAAUAUGACGCAGUCAUUAUUGUUUUCGCAUCGGAUAAUUUUAAGAGUUUCCAAUAUGCUAUGGAAGUUGUUCGCGAUGUACAAGAUUGUGAUUUUUUGCCAGUUGUACUGAUAGAGAAUAAGAUUGACUUAAUUGAUAAUUACGACUUUUCCAACAAAGACGUUAUCGAAACAGCUGUGAGACAUGCGAGGAUGCGCUUAUACAGAGUGUCCGCGAAGGAAGACUUCAAUGUGAUGCAUCCGUUUGCAUAUAUUUUGGAAAAAUUAUUACGAUAUCGAGACGAGAAUGCCAAUGUGCGAGAGCAAAAUCCCAAUUUCCGCUUGCCAGUUCGUGAAGGAUGGGUGGAUCGACCGUUAUCAACUUCUCGGAGAAAUUCAAACUGUGCCAUUAUGUAA